AUGAAUAGAGGAGGCCUGGAUACCGUCUUUUUUUUUCCCGCGAUGCUACUCGAAGAAUGUUUCCUCUCGUGUUUGUUCAGCCUUGCCUACCCCACACGUGGCUUUGCCCAAUCGGUCGUCUCCUGUGGAACGAUAAGUAGGAUGGCACCCUGGAGGUACUUCCUCUAUCAAUUGGAUUUCUUACUAGAUGCCGCUAGGUUUGGAAAUGCAGCCAAAGAUCAGGAAAUUAAAGCGGCCCAUCCGGUGACCAUAACUUUCUUCUCCCUUGUCUUGUUCCUUCUUUUUUUCCUUCUUCUAGUUACCACUGAUGGAACUGAGUUGAUUGCCAAAGAAUGGAGGUCGGAGAGCUCCGUAACCCCAAACAGAUUCCUUCUGUUCCACAACGAACUUCUAAGCCUACUCAAACAUCCGCUCCUUCCAAUGCCAUCACCAGAAGCUGUCGUCUCGACCGAAUAUUCUCUGGGGGUAUUUACAACCAUACUGAACACUGACCCUACUAGCCAGGCUGUGUCUUCAGAACUUCCCACUUCGGGCAACAAAAUGAUGAAUGUCAAAGGUGAUGAGGCGUCCCCGAAAUCCCAGAAAUGUGAAAACCUCGAAGAGCUUUUAGCAGAUGUACUGGCAUAUAUUCUAGUGGGCGUACGCAUGAUAAUGUUGACGUUAUGGGACAUUGCGAUAUCUCUUGAUUCUAUCGAGUGUCAAAGUUACAGUUUCCCCAUUGUUCAAGUUUGGUGUCGUAACGUCACUGCACCUAGUGAUUCCUUGCUCAUUUCUAUGCUAGGGCUGAGACAAACUCCUUACUUUGUUAUUGAAAUCAAAACCCAAUGUUUGUCCUCAAAAAUUGCGACAACGUUGAAAUGUGAGCCUGGACGGAUGACAGAAUCCCUGAUUAGGCUUUCAGAAGCUUGCAGGUACGGAAGGACUACUUGUCCUGUUUGGGAUAUGGCUGUCAACCCUCCUCUUGAAACACCUGCGCUUCCAGCCAGAGGAAUUAGAAAAGUUGCGCUUAGGUUGUCUCGAGUUGGAUGCAUCACACAAUUGAUGAUGAUGAAUAUCAUCUUACAGCUAACAUCACCGCAAAUCUUGAAGUCUAUCCAAAUCUCCAGGGACACCCUAUCUCUCCUACCACAUUCGAAAUAG